AGUGUCUGGUGACUUUGGCAGUGUUGCGCUGGACUUUCCCGUCAUUUCGCUCGGGACGGUCCUGUGAACGGAGGGGAAGGAGAGUUGCCGGCCGGGAAGAAAGAAGGGGGAACAAGGAAGAAGCGCCACACCGAGGAAACACUGCGACCACCACAGCGAGGAGACACCCGGCCGGUGCCAGGGGCCACCAUGAUGGAAAUAGAGUUACCCCCCGCCAAGCAGUCCAUGCAGGAUACAGAACUCAUCGACAUCCUAUGGAAACAAGACAUUGACCUCGGUGUUGGUCGAGAAGUUUUUGACUACCACCAAAGACAGAAGGAAUGUGAGCUGCAAAAACAGAAGAAGAUUGAAAAAGAGCACCAGGAACAACUUCUGAAGGAGCAGGAAAAGGCUUUUUUUGCCAACCUGCAACUAGAUGAGGAGACUGGGGAAUUCAUCCCGAUUCAGCAGCCGGCAUUAAUAGAGGCUGCAGUAGUCACAAGUUCCUUGCAGAAUAAGCCGGAUCUGGGCCAAGGACUGUCCUUUGAUGACUGCUUGAAAAUCUUAGCCGAUACAUUCCAGAUUGAGACGCCUCCAAUGACCUACCAAACAGAAAUUUCACCCACUCCUCACAUAGAGGUCAGUCAGAACUUCCUCACUACAGAUCCGCUUCCUGCAAUUGAAACUCUGCAGAACACAACCGCUAAUGCAGAAUGCAUGCAUGAAAUGGACCAGGCCUGGGAGGAGCUGAUGUCUAUUCCUGAGUUACAGUGUCUGGGCAGUCAGAUUGAUGGCUUUGCUAAUCUGAGUAUGUAUCCGAAUCAGGAACCCGUGACAGAGGCUGUGCACAGUUACAUGUAUCACAGUCCAGUACCAGCGAUGGAAAAUCCAGUGGAAAACAUAGUACCGGUUUUCUCGAAUGACUUUGCAGGUUCUUUUGUACCCAAUGUGCCCACAGUAACCACAAACCAAACCUUUCACAUGGAAUCUUUUUGUGAUGACAUAUUUACCCUUACUGACCCCAAAGUGACCAAUGUGCCUUUAACAGACAAUUCAGGCCAGUCUCUCACUGAACUUUUACAUGAAUCUGUUGAUAUUACGGACCUAUCAAAGUGCAAAGCAUUUAACGGGAACAAUCCAUCAGAAUACAAUGAUUGCGAUUCGGGAAUUUCAAUUGGCACAAGUCCUUGCGCUACAUCGCCUGGGCAGCAAUCUAUGGGCUCCUCUGUCUAUGGAGACGCUCCUUUUGGAUACAGUGACUCUGAAAUGGAGGACACGGAAAGCACAUCUGAAAGCGUACUACAAAAUCCCACUGAAGAGCUCCCAGCGUCCUUCACGGAGGAUGCAUUUUUUUCACUCUCGCCUUUCGUACCACUCGAUGCGUCCUUUGAAACAGAACUUCACAAUUCCCCAGAAAUGGAGUUGCCCGUUAGGCCUGGUCAAAGCAAUACCCCAUUCACGAAGGACAAAACUGCAAGCCGCCUUGAGGCUCGUUUCACUAGAGACGAGCAAAGGGCAAAAGCUCUUAAUGUACCAUUCUCCAUUCAUAAAAUUGUUAACCUUCCUGUGGAUGACUUCAACGUUUUGAUGUCCAAACACCAGUUUACCGAUGCCCAGCUCGCCCUCAUCCGAGAUAUACGCAGGCGUGGAAAAAAUAAGGUGGCGGCCCAAAAUUGCCGCAAGAGGAAAAUGGAGAAUAUCGUGGACCUGGAGCAGGAUCUAGACAAGCUGAAGAACGAGAAAGAGAAACUACUCGCCGAGAAGGGAGAGUACAACAACAGCCUCCGUCUUAUGAAGAAGCAGCUCGGGACCUUGUAUAUGGAGGUCUUCAACAAGUUGCUUGAUGAGGAUGGAAAGCCGUACUCCCCUCUGGAAUAUUCCCUUCAGCAAACAAAGGAUGGGAGCGUCUUCCUUGUUCCGAAAGCCAAAAAAAUCGAAAUUAAAAAAGAACAGAUCUUAAAAUGCUAG